AUGAAUAAUUCGCGAAGUACAAUCAAAGAAGAAUUAACAAACGGUAAUGAACAUAUUUACGCAAAUGUGCAAGAAAUGGAACUAGAAAGCCGGCGGCAAGGCCAACCUCCUGUUCCAGAUUCUACCAAUGAAGCAGUAAGAGAUAUGGGAAGUGGAUGGUACGAGUAUCUGACGCAAGCCGGAAGACCGUACUUCUGCAAUCACGAAACAGGUGAAUGUCGUUGGAAACCGCCUCGGUUUUUGAAACCGCCGUUAGAAAUUGUUACAUCAUUAAAUGGUAUUGUUUACCAGCAAGAGAUUCCAGCUGGUACAGCGAUAGAGCCUGGAAAUAAUAUUUCAGCAUCAUCCUCAGAAUCUCAUACAAACAUAUCUGCACUUUGUUUUGCAAAGCCAGGCGAUAGCAGCAGUGGUGAGAAUAGCAAAUCAGGUACGAUUCGUUCAACAUUAAGCGUUCGUAAUAAAAUUCUGGAAAAGCGGAUGUCAGUACAAGCAAUUACCCAAGAGCUCGAAGCUGUGGCCGCUGCAAACAUUCACUCGAAUGAAAAUAUUGGGGCUGAUUCAGUUUCUUAUUUCAUCCCAAAGAUUGUCGGUGUGGAGUCAUGCUCAAACAGUUCUAAUCGUAUAUUGUCAAAAAAUAUCACUCAUAAAUCAAUUAAAUGUGGUACGCUGGAAAAGUGUAAGGUAGCAGAUGCAGGAGUGAAACUCAAGAAAAAAGAAUGGUCAUCAUGUUAUCUUUUUCUUUCAUCUGCUCACAUUAUAUUUUAUAAAGACGAACGAAGUGCUGAGAAAUCAGGACGGCACUAUGAAGCACCUUUGGGCAUGUGUGACCUUCGUGGAGCAACAGUACAGUGGGUUGACGAAAAGGAUAAACGUAGAAAGCACAUUUUUCUGCUUGAGCUGACGGAUGGUACGAUUUAUUACUUCAGUACUUCAAACACACAGGAUGUAAAUGGCUGGUUUCACGCUAUGCGUCAAGUUGUGUCGAAACUGCCGCGUCCUGACAUUUGUCCAACACCAGUUUUGGAAGGUAGAGUCUCUGCUGGCUUAAUACGCAAUUCAAGCAAUUUGUCAUAUUCUGCAGGAUCGCUGAGCACUGGUCAAGUGCGAAGGUCAUUUAAGAAAUCGAAAUGCUCAGGAAAAGAUGCAACAUUACCAAGUGAUGAUAAGAAGCGCAAUGAAAUUGAAGAAAUAAGGCUAACUCGUGAAACAAUCAUUGAAAAACUGAAACGCUUUUUUCGUUCGAGGCCAUCCAUAGAAAGUUUAAAGGAGAAAGGCAUUUAUAAACCAGAAUCCGUUUUUGGAAGUACAUUAGCUGCAAUUUGUCAUCAUGAGCAAUCCACAGUUCCGCGUUUCAUUCAGUUAGUUACGGAAGUAAUAGAAUCUAAAGGUCUUGACACAGACGGUCUUUAUCGAGUGAGUGGAAAUCUUUCAUCAAUCCAAAGGAUUCGUUGUCAAGUUGACCAAGAAAAAUAUAUUGCUUUACUGGCAGAAGAUGACGUUCAUGUUUUAACAGGCGCUUUAAAAUUGUUUUUUCGAGAACUUUCAGAACCCAUAUUUCCAGCUAAUUUGGCAAAAGAUUUUAUCUAUGCUAACCGAUUGCCGAAAGGAGAAGGAAAGUUGAAAUCAUUUGAUGAAUUGUUGAAUAGAUUACCAUUAAUAAAUAGAGAAACUCUCAAAGUUUUAUUUGGUCAUCUUAUACGGGUUGCGAACCAUGCAGAUAAAAACCGGAUGGAAAUCCAUAAUUUGGCAAUCAUGUUUGGUCCAUCCCUCUUUAGCAGUGGUAGUGGCGAGAUGAAUGGAGAUAAUAAAAAAACGGGUAACUCGAAAAAAGGAAAGGGUUCUGACAAGAAGACGAAGCCGAAACCGAUUGGUGUGCAAAGCAAUUCGCAUCUCGCUUAUAAUAUGAUUAUGCAGGGUCAAACUGUAGAAUACCUUCUAAAAGAGUUUAAGAGAUUUCCAUCGAUGCAGUCUCAUCAGCAAUGA